AUGGUAGCAGCAGCAGCAGUAGCUAAUCCCGUGCCACGCAUAGAAAACAGAAAUCCUGUUUACGAAGAGAAGCUGCUGUCAGCCUUGAGGGCGAAGGGCCCCAUGCAGCAGCUGGUCACCUGCUGCGCCCAGUCCAGAUCAGCAAAUCGGCGAUUUACGGGGCUAUUCUUGCUCCUAAUGCCAUUUCUGGGCCUGGCUUGUCUCAGGUUAAGAGAGAGAAAGGCUUCAGAGAGUGCUUACAGCAGCAACUGCGAGAGCGCCUGCUCCAGCUGGAGCGGCUACUGGACUCGAGGGGCCCCUGCACCUACAAGCUCGGCAUACUUGGGGGGCCCAUCUGGAACAGAGGAGUAA